AGAUCAUUUUCAACCGCAUGAAAGCUGUCGAAAUCUCACAAUGCAAGAUUUCACGAACUUUUCUUUCUCAGUCAGCAAAAUGAAUCGAAAGAAGUUGGUUGUGUUAGCUUUUGUGUUAGCGACGGUAGUUAUAGUGGCAGUGAUAGUAGUAGUGAUAGUGUUAGUAAAUCGUACUACGGAACAAACUGAUACUAAUACCACCUGCGACCGACCACGGAAUUCACCGCUACCAUUCUGUAAUUCAAACUUAUCAAUCGAUACACGCGUCCACGAUUUAGUUAGUCGACUAACAAUACAGUAGAAAAUCGGCUUACUCAACAAUCGAGCCGCUGGUGCAUCUGAGAAUGUAGAAUUGGAUAUUUACAAUUGGUCGAAUGAAGCACUUCACGGUCUCGUGUUUAAUUAUGAAUAUGUUGGGACUGCUUUCCGACCUCCUACAGAAUAUGCCACUGUUUUCCCACAAAUUAUCAGCCUUUGUGCUUCAUUUGAUAGGGAUUUAUUUUACAUGAUGGCUGAUGCUAUUGGAAAUGAAGCUAGAGCCUUUUACAACGUCGGCAAUACUGGAUUGACUUUCUGGAGUCCGAAUAUAAAUAUCUACCGAGAUCCGAGAUGGGGAAGAGGUCACGAAACUCCUGGUGAAGAUCCUUUUUUAAAUGCAGAGUAUGCACGCAUGUUUGUUAAAGGACUUCAAGGAGAUGAACAAAGAGUUGGAUUCCUGAAGUCAUCAGCUUGUUGUAAGCAUUUUGCUGCACAUAGCAUCGAGGAAGACAGAAAUUCCUUUAAUGCCGUCGUUAAUAAACAAGAUAUGGCUGAUACAUACUUGCCAGCAUUCAAAGCAUGUGUUGAGAACAAUGUUUCUUCAAUUAUGACAGCAUACAGUGCAAUCAAUGGCAUACCAGCUACCGCCCAUAAGUUUUAUAUAACCGACGUGAUCAGAGCACAAUGGGGUUUCGAUGGAUAUAUCGUGUCUGACUGUGGUGCUGUGGAUGACGUCUUUUUUAAUCAUAAGUACAAAGACACUGAGUCCGAAACUUGUCAUGCAGUUCUUGAUGCAGGUGUAGAUAUUGAAUGUGGUCCAUUCUUCAGAACAUAUCUGCAAGGAGCAGUUAGUGAAGGACUGGUCACAGAAACAAUGGUGAAUACAGCUUUGGAACGAGGAUUACGAGUCCUGAUGCGCUUAGGAUACUUUGAGAGAUACGAUGAACGGCCAUACAAAGAAUUUCUACCAGAAGAUGCUGACAGCGAGUCUCAUAAACAGUUGGCAUUAGAAGCUGCUAGACAAAGUAUCGUGCUAUUAAAGAAUGAUCCGGAUGAGAUGAUGGGAAAUCUUCCACUACUGCCAUUGAAUCAACAAGACUUUGGAAUGAGUCGAGCUUCGUUGGCUUUAAUUGGACCACAUCUGAAUGCGAGUGAGGUGUUCCUUGGCAAUUACCAUGGAAUUCCAUCGUCAAUCAAAGAGCCACUGGAUGAGAUACAACGUUAUGUGCCAGAUUUAAAAUGGGAACUUGGCUGUGAUGUUGAUUCAUUUGAUCGUUCUCGUCUAAAUCAAGCAGAAGAGCUGGCACGUACAUCAUCCCAAGUUGUCCUCUUUGUUGGUAUUAAUUCAGAGAUUGAAGCUGAAGAUGGAUUUGGAGCUGGAGAUCGUGUUAACAUCUCUCUGACGGGAUUACAGCCUGAGUUAAUUCGUCGGGUCCUGAAUUCGGCACAACAACCUGUUAUUCUGUUUGUAGUUUCUGGUGGAGUUAUCGAUUUGUCUGAAUAUAAAAAUGAUCCACGCGUUGGCGCUAUUGUUUGGAGUGGAUAUAUUGGUCAGUCUGGCGGUGAAGCCAUAGCUGAUAUACUCUUUGGGAAUUACAAUCCUUCAGGGCGUUUAACACAAACAUUUUACGACAGUUCAUAUCUAGAACAAGUUACCAAACAAGAUAUGAAUAUGAGACCAGUAAAUGGAUCUCCUGGACGUACUUAUCGUUUCUACACUGGCGAACCGGUUUAUCCUUUCGGCUAUGGACUAUCUUAUACUAUUUUCCAGUAUGCAUUCUCAUCAGAAAAUGACGAAAUUGAAAUGUCACAGUUCGCGAAUGAUUGUUUAGAUGUUGGCUUAGAUGUUCAAAAUGUUGGACAACGAUCUGGUGAUCAUUCAAUUUUAUGGUUUGUGAUACCACCACAUGCAGGACUAAUAGGACGACCAAUUAAAAACUUAGUGGAGUUUAAGAAGCUUCAUAAUGUACUACCUUCCGAAUCCAGACAAAUUAAGAUUUGCUUACGUAGCAGUAUGUUCCAACUAGCCAAUGAACAAGGUGACUUUGAAGUUAUUCUGGGUGAAUGGACAUUGAUUGUUGGAGAUCAAAUUAGAAGGAUUGUUGUUACCUAGUUCAUAUAGUUUAGAUGGAAGUUAGUUUAAACAACGAAAGUAAUAGAAUUAUUAGUCACGCAUAUACUGUAUUAUAAGUGCGUCUUUUGUGAAAGGUCAUUUUCAACAGCAAUGAAAUUUCUAGUUUCUUAAA